CGAAAACCAGGCCAUUCAUCCAUCAUCGGGAGUGCUAGAGGGCAUCAGGAAGGAGCAUCAUGGGGAUCGUUGAUAAGAUCAAGGAGAUAGAGGAUGAGAUGAAGCGGACCCAGAAGAACAAGGCCACGGAAGGGCACUUGGGGCACCUCAAGGCCAAGUUGGCCAAGUUGCGCACGGAAUUGCUCGACGGCGAAAAGUCCAGCGGAGGCGGUGGCGAAGGCUUCGACGUGGCGCGCAGUGGGGAUGGCCGCGUGGCGUUGAUCGGGUUCCCCUCUGUGGGCAAGUCGACGUUGCUCAGUCAAUUGACCGACACAGUAUCGGAAACGAACGCCGUGGAGUUUACCACGUUGACUUGCAUUCCUGGGAACCUCAUGUACAACGACGUCCGGAUCCAGCUGCUCGAUCUGCCUGGGAUCAUCGAAGGCGCGUCGCAUGGCAAGGGCCGCGGUCGCGAAGUGAUUGCCGUGUCCAAGUCGGCCGACAUGAUCCUCAUGGUGCUCGACGCCGGGCGCGAAGAAGGCAACCGCCACCGCACGAUCCUCGAAAACGAGCUGGAAACCGUGGGGCUUCGCUUAAACCGCAACCCGCCAGACAUUUACUUUCGCAAAAAGGCGGGCGGCGGGGUCCAGUUCAACGCUACCGUUCGAUUGACCAAGCUCGGAGACGACCCAGCCAAGACAGUAUACAAAAUCCUGCAUGAAUAUCGCAUGCACAAUUGCGAACUGCUGUUCCGGGAAGACUGCACCGUGGACGACCUCAUCGAUGUGCUCGAAGGCAACCGCAAGUACAUCAAGUGCCUCUACGUGUACAACAAGAUCGACGUCGUGUCCAUCGAAGACGUCGACCGCCUUGCGCGCCUCCCGCACUCUGUCGUGAUUGCAUGCGAACACAAGGGCCGCCCCGCGCUCAACUUUGACCAUUUGCUCGCAACCAUGUGGAACUACAUGGGGCUCACACGUGUGUACACCAAGCGCCGGGGCGAACAACCGGGGCUAUUGGAACCGGUGGUGCUGUCGUCUGAACGCAAAGGCACGACGGUCAACUCGGCGUGUCUGUCGAUUUCCAAGGACAUGCUCGACAACUUCAACUUUGCGCUUGUGUGGGGCACGAGUACCAAGUACAACCCCCAGCGCGUGGGCAAGGAACACGUGCUGCAAGACGAAGACGUGCUCCAAGUCGUGACGCUGACUGUGACCCAGCAAAAGCACGCGAAAAACUACAACCAAAAGGUGCAGGCCCACUGGGACAAGUACAAAGCCAAGAAGAAGGCACUCAAGACGUAGUGAUUGAACGACCAUAAUGGACGAAUAUGCCAUCAUUACAAUAUGAAUGACAAGCAACGGUGCUGCUGUCGUGUCCAUACAUAUAUGGGCGGGCGAGGCAGCAUCUGUGACGAGGUUAUUACACGAAGUAUACAACACGAGUCGUUUUAGAUACAACGUG